AUGUUUAAGUUCGAACACCGCGCUACUCCGGAGGAUCUCAAGCUCGCCGCAUCUAUAGAACGCAAACGACAAAACGAAGAAGCGAGGAAAUUACGCAUCUUUAACCCUCGCAUUAGGAAAAUUGGGAUAGACAAGGAGUUCUUGGAUAGGCAAGUCGAGGAGAAGAAGCAGCAGCGCGAGUGGAAACGAGCGCAAGAAUGUCAAUUGGCUGAGGCUCUCGUUCGCAGCAGCGAGCACGCCGCGUAUUUGGAGAGACAGCAGGAGGAGGAGCGGCGAAAGAUAAACAAGGAGAUCAAUUUCUUCCGACGUUUCCAUCAGCGACCGGAGGACCGGCGAGAUUACGAUUUGUAUGACCCCGAGGCAUUAAAGAAAUCGCUUCCUAUAUGCGUGGACGACAAUGGCGACAACAUGGGAGUAGCGUCCGCUCAGAAGUUCGAGGGCGAGGAUCGCAAUUUUCUCGAGCGAUUGAAAGCGCAGAAAGAGCAGAUGCGUUGGUGGAUACAGAAACAAAAGGAGGAACGCAGAGCGGCAGAGAAGGCGCGACAAGACGACGAGGAUGCCUAUAAGGAAGGAGUCCUCGCCAGGGGCAACCGAGCGGCGCAGUGGGCACGACUGGCCGUUUUUUUGUUGAACGAAGCCACAGCGAUAUUUAAUCGCGCUCUGGCCGAGGAGCAGCAGCAACGCCGUCACUGCGAAGCCGUUCAAGAUGACGAGGACAAUAAAGCGGAAAUCUAUAAUCACGUGACUGGAGAUUUCCUCACCGAGGCUAGGGAACAGGCCGAGAGCACCCGCGGUCCGCACAAGCCGUUGACGAACCGAUACAAGGGCAUGACUACAGACGAGUUGAAGGUCUUCAAAGAUGCUCAGUUGCAACAAAUGGAGGAGAUACAUAAAAUGAAAUUGGAAGAGAAACGUAUCAACGAGACUUGGGAUCGCUUAAUGGAUUCGCACCUUCAAGCCGCAUGCUCCUAUGAUCGCGAGUUAAAUCAAAAAAAAUCAGAACUUAAUAAGAAAAUUGCGGAGGAGAAUUUGCGGCUUGCUGAGCAACAGAAGCAACAUCAAGAAUAUCUGAAACCACUCGUCUAUAAACAUCAACCAACACCUGACUUCUAUGAGCAAUUUAAUAAAGGAACACGUUGAAUGCAAUUUUUGCGUGCAAAAUGUACUUUUUAAAGAGAGAAAGAUCAAUGUAAUGGUCACAGUACAGACUUUUGCAUAACGCAAGAUGCAUGAUGUAUAAGAAAAUCGACCAAUCAAAAUUCUUCUUAUCCGUUAAAUAAUCGGAAACGAAGAAUUCUGAUUGGUUGUUUCUUAUGCACUAUAAUGCAUGCUGUUGCACUAUAAUGUUAUGCGUUAAAAAAUUUCAAAUAUAAAAAAUAAUUUUGAAGAUUUCAGUCUUUUUUUUGUAAAUCGAGUCAUCAAAUCCUACUACACCGAUGGAGUAGAUGUGCAUAGACUUUUCA